AUGCCACCACGAAGGUUUAAAAGGGAUUACAGUCGUGGCGGGUGUCGAGAAUGCAAACGCCGGAAAAUUAAGUGCAAUGAAGCUAAACCGCAUUGCUCUGAAUGUACGCGAUUGGGAAAGGACUGUUCGUACCCCAACAUUGGUGAGAGAGUGAUACGAGGUUCCAAAAAAAUAAUUGACGAAAAGAAGGAAUCGUUUGUGUUACCAGACACACAGGGCAAAAGGAUUUGGACGGUGCAGAUGUAUAUGGGGCCAGACCAACCAAAAAAGAAAAUGAAAUGGGACAAAGUUUCCUCGCACCCGUCAAGUCCUAAUGAAAAUCACCCUAGCGAUCACUCCCCUUUGAAUGGAGUUAUAAAUAAUAAUGUUCCACAGGAAACCCUGCAGGAGGGUAUUCAACAGCUAAACUUCCAGGAUGCUUCUAAAGUUGGCCCAGACAUACAAGAAUUUGUUCCCCCCUCUUCCAUAUUACCUAGUGACGUUUACAAUAGCGACGAUCUCAACUUGUUAGCUGAAGAUUUGAACAAUCUUGUCAAUGACAUUAUGUUCAGCUCAAACAUAGUGCAGUCCGUGGAUGGCCAACUAGACUUUUUCGAUCCCACAACAGAGACGACUCCAUAUUUGGAUGACAUACCGAAAAAUAUACCCUAUGACUACAUAAAAUUGAAAACAGACGACGAGAGACGAUAUAUGACCCAAUUUUAUGAGGACUUUGCCCUGCAGAUUUUGCCGUUUAGUGUGUGUGACGAUGAAUGGGGGUCUUACAGAAACCCUUUUCGCGAUGUGAUAAUGAAGUACGCCGCAAGAGAAACAUUUCUUCUAGCCGCCAUGUUAUCACAAGGAGCGAGGUUAGCUUCGGAAUUACAAGAUGAUGAAAAGAGUCGCCAGCAAGAUAUGGAAAACUGUGGAAAUUAUUUAUCUACGUGUUUAAAACUACUUGGUCCGGCAUUAAGUAGAAAUCAAGAAAAGCAGGUGAGGGGCGAUUUGACAUCGAAUAUAGAAAGUAUAUUACUCACAGUUUUGUUGCUAGCUUCAUCCAAUGCCAGCAAUGAGAAACAGAGCUGGCGUCCGCACUUGAAGGGAGCCAAGGAUAUCAUAAUGAAAGCCACAGGUAGCAAGAUCCGACUGUCUACCACGUUGAUUUUGUGCAAGAUUUGGUUUGCUGAUUUUGAGAUUUUGGCAGGGUUGAGCUCUGAGUUGGGAGGCACACUUCGAACGAAGGAGGAAAUGGAUGUGUUGCUUAACUUUGAAGAUCUGUACGAGCAGUCUGUCUUGAUAGAAUUUGGUUUAAUCCAAGAUAAUGGGUUUUGUGUAGUGAUGGGGUAUCACAUUGAUUGUCUUCAGUAUUUGAAAGAACUUUCAGAUUUACUAAGGCGAAAGAGAGGUGGUACAGAAGAGCAGCCGGGCCCAUUUGAAUGUUCCGAAUUGAUUAGUGGAUUAUAUGCUCAGCAUAAGGUGAAGUUUGCUCAUGUAUACAACGGACAAGCUCCUCAUGGCUCAUUAUGUGACACAGUACACAAAGCAGAUGGGAAGUUGGAGAUGAUAUCCUGGAUGGACUUGUCCCAACAAGCAUACUCACUCGCGGGUUUGGUGACUGCAUUCACAAGGAUGCUUGAAAUACCAAUCGACUCGCCACAUGUGAAAGGUCUAGUUGCUAGAUUAGUUGACUUGAUCAAAGUGUUUGAAAAUUGCAAGUUCCAGGAGAGAAUGCGUUUUCCUUUUGCUUUCCUGAUGAUCCAAUGGCCUAUCUCGGUUGCUGGGUUUGCCUGCACAGAAUCCCCGGAGCAUCCAGUGAUUGAGAACUUCUUUCAAUUGUGUUACAGAACUGGUUCAUAUAGUGCUAACUUAACGUUUGAGCGUAUUAAAAAGGUAUGGGAGCUACGAGAUGCGGGUAAAGCGGUAGAUUAUGUUGAUGAUGAGAGUCAUGUAGAUAGAAUUACGUAUUGA